GACGACUCGACGAGGUAGGUGCUCGACCCGGACGCAGUACGGAAGAAACGUCGAGCACGCAGAGUGCCGUCCUCGUGACACAUCUUAGCUUUUCUUUUCUUUUGAUCCAUGGCAACAAGGAAACGUGGCGAAGUUUGCCCGGUGAAUCACUCCGUCGAAGAUUGAUCGCGGUGAUCCCACGGUUCGACGAGAUCACUACGCGGUACCAUGAAUCUCCCGUCUUUGCAGUGAUCGUAAAUGAAGGAGACGUUUAUCGGAGCCGAGGCAAAGAUUAUCAAUGACUCGAUGCCGCGGCGAGAUAAAAGAUGCAUGGAAUUUCUGAAUGGUACUGAAUGACCCGAGUGACACUUCGUACGUCGUGCGCCAAUAGAACGAUCCUUGUCAACAUUGGCAAUAUCUUGGCGAUAUAUCCGGUGCUGGAUACAGUCAAUAUGUCGCGGUGAAGCAGUUUAAGGAUGAACCUGUCUUUUGUCCGCCGUGUGUUCUGUGUAAACUCGAAUACCGCGGUCGGCUGGAUUCUUGCUCACCGUGUCACACCUGCCGUUGGGAACAACAGGUUGAAAGUGGAGUUUGUGACGAUUUGAAGAGAUCACUGGCAACGAACCGGAGAUUUCGUUGUUGCUUCUGUUAACCGUUCUGGGCCACGUCAUUCGACAGAUUCGAAGGUCUACCAAUUAGACGAUGCGUUUCCGCCGAAUCAAAGGUUAAUCGCCGAGGAGCAUUCAGCGAUGUUCUUACCACCGUAAAGGCAGGCUUAGUCGCAUUUAAUCGUCGCUUGCAUGUGGGUCACAAGUUGCAUUCGCCAAAGCUAACGAGAUAGAGGGUUUACCGAGUAGAGAGGAAGAAAAUGUGGAGCUCGGUUACUGCGGCUGGCAGUGAAAAUGGGCCCGCACCACCUUCCAGAAGCAAGCACAGCGCUACUUUGCUCGCAGGGCACGUAUAUCUCCUUGGCGGACGAAACGGCAAUCUUCCUCUCAAAGACCUCUGGCGAUACAGCCUCGCCGACAGUAAAUGGGAGGAAUUGCAUCCUGGGGGAGAAAGACCGCCAGCACUUCAGGAACACAGCGCGGUAGCUUACAAGGACUGCCUUUACAUUUUCGGGGGUGAGCUCGGCUUUUCCGCAGGCACGGAAACGCCACUUUGGGUUUACAAUGUCAAGACCAACAUGUGGAGGAAAGUAAGAGCGCAGAGAGGUUGUGCGGUUCCCAGAGGUCGAAGAGGCCAUACUGCUUUAGUUCAUCGUGGUCAGAUGCUCAUUUACGGUGGUUAUCAAGAUCUACGUGGCAGUUCUCCAGAAUUGUGGGCUUUCCAUUUCGAAACGGAAUCGUGGCAUCUUCUUUCCUCCAGCGAAAGCGGGCCAGCAGCGAGGCACAAACACUCGGCAGUUCUACACGGUGACGCCAUGUACAUUUAUGGGGGUAUGACCGACCUACAAGAGAGAAGCGAUUGCUGGCGAUGGGAUGUGAAGACCGCUUCCUGGUGUCUGUUGAAGAACAAACCAGGACCAGGACCUCUACAUGGACACGCAGCCUGCAGGCUUCCCAGUUGUAUGCUAAUAUUCGGUGGAGAAAGCGGUGGUUUAGCUACGAACGAACUAUGGAGGUUUCAUUUCGGUACGGAAACGUGGGAGAAAUUAUCAGUGCCAAGUCCUAAACCCCAGCCAAGAGCGGAAAGCGUUGCAUUAGCAGUUUCCGAACUGAUAAUUCGAGGGACCAAUAUCGACAAUUCGAAACCAAAACCGAGAAAUCAAAGGACGAGACUUUGUAACAAUAGGAUAUCGCCCAAUGAAGCACCGGCUAGACCGAGCUUCCUUAAAGAAAUUUCGAAAUUGUCGCAAAUUAAUCUAUCGCGGCUAAGUCAUCCGACAAAGUGCAGCUAUUCCGUUUUAAGUGGCCAAGAUGACAACGAGGAAAGUCCGCAAGAGGCGAAUACGUACUAUCCGUUUCAGCAAGUGGACUCCGAGGUUGUCGAGCCAUCUACGGGUAUGGUGAAAUCACGAAGCGCUAAUACGCUAGCUCGUAGAAGACAGAAACCGCCGGAAACAACAUAUAAAAACGUGGACACGAACAAUUGCAACAACGCAACCGGUGGUCCCGGCAUGACAAGAGAUCCUAUCUCGGUACCGAAUUUCCGUGCUCUGACCUUGCCAACUCCGGUCCUGACACCUGUAGAAGCAGCCAGGCUUGUUUUCGUCGACCCAGACGAAAAUAGCGACAACGAAGAACGAAAGGAACCUCCUACCUCUAGGCUGAUAGAAGUUCAAGAGGAAAGGCGAGACUUCGCGGCUGUGCAUCAGGCCUGUCAGCCGACACGAGGCGAGAGUUACAGCUCACACCUUUACGAAGCGGCGCUACAAACACCAAAAACACCGACCACGUCAAAAAUUCCUACGUCCGCGUCGGUUCGAUUCGCUGACUUAGAAGAAGGUGAGGAAUCGACGUCGGAUUACGCGAGUAUAGAAGCCCGUAGUCCCGGUGAUCCACUGGCCGACGACGACUGGCAAUCAGGACGAAAGAGCAAACAGUAUCGCCCCAUAGUUACCCCGUCGACGAUACGCGAAGGUCAAUUCGGCUUUUGUAAUCCAAAUUACCUCGGACUGGAUGAAACGAAGAGUCAUCAUCAGCAACAGCAACAACCUCAGGAUGGCAAGUACGCGAGAUUAUUGAACAGUCCACCGGACAGUGUCUUGGAGGACGAACCGGGUAGAUCGGCCUCGCAAACGUUCGCGGAAUUACUAGAACUUCAAGAAAUCAAAAGGGUACCAAGAGCGCCGCCUAAAAGUUUACCAUUAGGCUCUCCGUCGAGGAGAGCAGUCAGUGCGUCGAGAGCCGAGAGACAACGAGCUAAGGUUGCCGCGGUUGACAUCAAGGAAACCGAGACACCAUCGUAUGGACCAGCACCGCUUUAUGUUUUUUUAGUUGGCGGGAAAGAAAAGGGUCAGGUGACGGUGUUCGCGAGGCCCGUUUCUUUGUGGAAAUUGCAAUUAGCACCACACAUUUUUUAAAAACGAUAAGUAUGUUUAUUGGUUUUAUGCAUUUUUACACGAAUAGUUCCAAUGAAAUCGAGCGAUCGAUUUUCUUCGAAAGACUUGCCUGUUGCUCUUGAAGAGCGAACAAUCGAUAAACGCAAUUUCCUAAUGCCAAAUGAAGACUGCAGGGGAAGAAUACGAUAAGCCAAAUUUCACACUUUUUAUAGGGAGUUUCGAGAUUCGGCACGUUAUCAAUUCGCCUCGUGUUACCAAAAUUAUCUUUUUAUUUGCUUUUUAAAAUUUUAGAAUUAUCGUUGUAAUAUCAAAAUGUUGCUUUUGACUCGAUAAUUAUAUAUCUUUGUCUUACACAAAGCUUCGUCGACUCAUCGUUAAUUUUAAAAGAUUUACAUGUUUGAAUCUAAUAAAUUGUAAUCAUGAGGUAACAUCAAAAUCAGAGAAUCGUUAGAAAUAUACUUAUUAUAUUCUUCACCUAUGAUCUCCAAAUGUUACGUCGUUGUAGUUAGAGGAAUUUCUUAAUCUUUUACUGCGUUCAUUAUCGAAGACAACGUAUCUGUUUCGUUGACGUGCAUUUACGUGCUUCUUAAUAAGUUUAAUUAUAAAAAGUCUUCAGCUCUUCGAAGUAUCGAUAUCGGAAAUUAUGCAAUUAAUAUAAUUUAUCGUGCAAUAUCAAAUGUGAUUAGGACAGCGAAGUACUCGAGUUUGUAGCGACAAAUUUUAAACUGAACAUAGUUAUCGUUAUUUCAGUAUCUUGUUUAAAAUAUUCUUCUUUAACUAUAUGAAACUAUAUUGCUUACAUUAAACUAUAAUAAUUUAAUUAUUUCCGUUUUAUUGCUCGUUUAUUUUGCUACUUACAUUUAAUAAUAAAUGUAGUAGUACACGAAACGUUUUACGGUAGAUCAGUGAAUGGAAACGCGUAGAUACAUGGAAAGUUCAUAUUGAACCGGCUCAUUUAAGACGAUUGUUCUACGGUUUUAUUUAUUCAUAACGAAAUAAGCAGUCAUAUGGAACAGAUGUCCAUACUAAAGCGCAAGUCAAACACGAGUGAAAUGAAUAACCAACCCUCUAUCUACGAAUGCGUCCUGUCAGUCUUAAGUGGUAUACAAUAAGUCUCAUAGAAUGUUAUAAAAAUUUACGAUUAAGAUCGAUACGUUAGAUCCUAGGUUUACCAUAAAUGAUAUAAUUUUUCAUACUAUGGUAGAUAGACGUGUAAUACGGAGUGCUAGAUUAUUCAAAUUUUUUGACGCGAUAUUUAAAGAUGUAAAAUAAUAACAUCAGAAAACUCGCCCGAUCUGCGCUUAACUGCCAUCGACUGUGAACACGGAUAUGCAUAGAAAAUAAAAUAGAAUUAAUAUCCAUAAGUUCGAAGUGUAACGAUCGACGUUAAAAGCAUUCUGAAUAUUAAUGGAAAUCGGUGUGUGAUUGUGCCCAAUGUGAAUAAUUAAAGUACGUUUCAAUUAUUCUGUGGAGAUUAGAUUUUUAUAUAUAUAUAUAAAAAAAAAAAGAUGACUCUAAGUGAAAUUUCGUCGGUAAACGUGAACUAGAGUAGAAUCUAAGGAAGCUAUCAAUGAAGAUAACUGUGUCGAGUUUUUCUUUUAAUUUCAUCACGAAAGGAGACACUUGUAACGCGCGAAACGUACAAUCGUAUAUAAAAGAAAAACUAUUGUGUUCCAAGACGUUUUAGCGAAUAUAAAACAAAGGUACGAAUCAUUGAAGUCAAAAAGUCUCCACUAUGAUUAUAUUUAUGACGGUAGCGUAUCAUAGAUCCGGUAUAUAUAUGAUAAGUGAAAGAAACGAUAAAAUAUGGGAGGUCUCUUGUUCAUGUAGAGUUUUUAUGCCCGCAAAGGCCCAAUACAUGUAAUCCAUCCAUAUAGUAGCAAAGGUCAACGUGGCACCUCAUAGG